UGCAGCCUGCCGGAAUAUCAUUCAAAGAAGAAGAAGAAGCGCGCUUUAGCCUGGUUAAGAGGCUAGCUGAUGAUUGACACAGACAGUAAUAAAUCCAUUCAGGACAUCUUCUCAUCCCUUUACAAGGAUUUAUCAUCAUGGCUAAAGCAUCUGAUGACAUCCCUUUGGUGAUCGACCACGCCUUCACUCAUCAGAACUUGCAUCAUUUCUCUGAGAUGAAUCAAGACAGAAUCUACAUGGACUACAAUGCCACAACUCCACUGGAGCCAGAAGUAAUUAAGGCCAUCACAGAAGCCCUCGAGGAUGCCUGGGGAAACCCAAGCAGCAAUCACUUAGCAGGUGCUAAAGCCAAGGCAAUGAUUAGCCAGUCCAGAGAGAGCGUGGCGAGAAUGGUUGGAGGUAGAGCAGAGGACAUCAUUUUCACAUCAGGUGGAACAGAGGCCAAUAACCUGGUGCUCAACACUGCUGUCGAGCACUUCAGGAGAAACUACAGGGCUGCUGAGCAAGGAGAGGGGCAUCACAAUGGAGCCAGUGCCUGCAUUCCUCACAUUAUCAUCUCUAAUGUGGAACAUGACUCAGUCAAACUUGUAGCUGAGAACCUGCAGAAAAAUGGCAAGGCAGAUGUGACAUUUGUACCCGUGUCGAGGGUAACAGCCCGUGCAGAGGUGGAGGAUAUAAUUGCUGCUGUGCGUCCCAACACUUGUCUCAUCUCUGUCAUGCUGGCCAACAAUGAGACAGGAGUCAUCAUGCCUAUCCAGCAGAUCUGCCAGAGAGUGAAAUCCCUCAACAAGCAGCAUGAGAGGUUUCGGAUCCUGCUGCACACGGAUGCUGCUCAGGCUCUGGGGAAAAUCCGAGUAGAUGUGUGUGAACUGGGAGUGGAUUAUCUCACCAUAGUGGGACACAAGUUCUACGCUCCGAGGAUCGGGGCUCUGUUUGUGAACGGCCCCGGGACGAGAACACCGCUGUACCCGAUGUUUUUUGGAGGAGGACAGGAGAGAAACUUCAGACCAGGCACAGAGAACACACCAAUGAUCGCUGGGCUGGGAAAGGCUGCAGAACUGGUGGCCUCUAAUCUGUCAGAAUAUGAGAGUCACAUGCAAUGUAUCAAACUGUACCUGGAACAACGGCUGGAGGCCGUAUUUAAUGAGAAGAUCCGCUUCAACAGCCAUUACCCCGGCUCUGAUAUCCUCCCUAAUACAUGUAACAUGUCCAUCCUGGGCCCAGGAUUACAAGGCUGGAAGGUAUUAUCCAACUGUGAGAGGCUGCUGGCCAGCGUUGGUGCUGCCUGCCAUUCAGACAGUGGACACAGGCCCUCACAUAUCCUCCUGAGCAGUGGCGUCCCCGCAGAGGUGGCAGCUAACGCCCUGAGGUUGAGCGUGGGCAGAGGGACGACUAACGCAGAUGUGGAUGCAGUCGUAGAAGAUCUGAGGGAAACAGUGCAGCUGCUGGAGGAAGCACGCCGAUGACAUAAACACUUAUCCUGGAGGUCAAAUAAGGAUGUACAGAACUGAAAUACAUCUGUGCUUAUUGUUAUAUCAACUGAGAGUGUAAAAUGGAUGAAAUAUUUAAUAUAAGGAAUAAAAGGGGAGAACUGGAGGUAACAUAAGGGGCAAUGUUAUAAAGACAUGAAUGUGCUCAGCUUUCAUCACGUCAUGGGAGUAGCUAAUCAGCUAAUUAAAGUCUGGGGACGUUGAUUAUUGCACACACUUUAAAUAUUUUUAUGAAUCCACUUUGAAGGUCUGUCAGAACUCUAAUGUUGCAGAUUUAUCAGCUGUUAAAUCAUCCCCAUUGAGAGUUCCAUGUUUAACAGUUGUAAAAAAAUAACACUCAUUGUAAUCCACCAUGCCUUGGCUCUGACUUCUCCCAUUACUUAAGUUUCCGUGCUGCCUCAGCUCCCCCAUCUCCAGUGAAGCGGUGGUGCAUGUGCCAGCAUAUGGUCACUGCCACACAAAGGAGAGCAGGAGGCCACGAGUGGAGCGCCUACACCCGUCUUUCAUUACCUUUCUAUCUCGCCGCUCUGACCCCCUCCUCUCUCCCUAACAGCCAUGCUGGCCAGCUGGCUGCUGCUCAGGUGUCACUUUCCUGGCUCAAGUGGAGGCAAUGAGUGCAUGAGUUUUUUGUUAUUAUAUGAGAGUUGAGCAUGAAACAGAGAUGAUAGCCUGAUGGGAUGUUCAGAGCUCCAGGGAGCUUGUGUUCGUGUGCCAUAACCAGCUCAUAGCUGCCAGGUGAUGGUGCUUCACCGAGCCAUCCAGGCUGCUCGAGCUGGGGAUCUUGCUCUCCUGAGGGAGCUCUCAUCUUCUGGUCACCUCUCUUCAGCCAUCACUGAUGUUCAAGGUGCAGGCCCGGUGCACCAUGCUGCAAGGUGCGGACGCCUAGAGUGCCUGGAGUUCCUGGUGGGAGAACUUGGGCUGGCAGGUGACAUCCGGGCCUCGAACAGGGCCACACCAGCACAUGAUGCUGCAGCUACCGGCCACAUCCGGGAGCUGCAGUGGCUGGUGGACCAAGGAGGCUGCAACAUAGAGGAUAAGGAUGCUUCUGGUGCAACAGCGCUCCACCUGGCCGCCCGGUUUGGUUGUGUUGGGGUUGUUGAAUGGCUUCUUUCUGUUGGAGGAGAGGCGGAGCUGGAGACUAACUGUGGAGCUGUACCUGCUCACUAUGCUGCAGCCUAUGGGGACCUUACCUGUUUAAAACUGCUGCUUCAACAUGCACAUGGCUGUGUGAACCAUCAGACCGGACUUGGUGCGACCCCCCUUUAUCUAGCCUGUCAGGAGGGACACCUGCCUGCUGUGGAGUACCUUGUGAAUGACUGCAGUGCUGAUGUCCACCUGAGGGCCCACGAUGGCAUGACCUGCCUGCAUGCAGCUGCUCACAUGGGCCACCAAGCCGUGGUGGUGUGGCUGGCCACCUGCACUGAUGUCAGCCUGUCCUGCCAGGACAGAGAGGGAGCGACUGCUCUGCACUUUGCUGCCAGCAGAGGGCACUAUUGCAUCUUAGAGACACUGCUCCACAUGGGUUCAAAGGUCAUCAAGGAUUACUGGGGAGGGACCCCACUGCAUGAUGCUGCAGAGAAUGGAGAGCUGGAGUGCUGUAAAAUCAUUUUGGCCAAUCAUGCAAACCCCUCAGAUCGUGACGUUGAUGGGUUCACAGCAGCAGACCUGGCAGCAUACAAUGGACACCAUGAAUGUGCCAGAUAUCUCUGUGCCACGGGGAGAAACACAGCCUGUGUGGAUCAGUCCAUCCAGUUGAUUUCUCCAGAAGAGGAAGAGGUGAAAGUGAAGCCAGCUGUGUUGUUGCAGAGCAGCAGGGAGGACUACUACGGCUGCCUUGGUGACACAUGCAGGGACAGCUUCAGCACUGACGCACUCAUGGAUAGCUUGAAGCAACCUGAGAGUGAGGAGUGCCCGCAGGCAAGAUACCCUCAGCCUCCUGACCCUCCUGGAUCCUCUGCCUCAGAAACACCAGCCAAGCCACAGAAAACAAGCGUCACCAAAGUGGAACAAGUUCAAAUUGCAACAUCUGUUAUUAAAGGUUUCAGUCGGCCCAAGGUCGCUGGGAGUACGGUAACCAUCCCUGCUGAUAAGACGCCUGAUGCAAAUACCCUGGCUGAGAGAAAGCUUCUUGGCGACAUGAAGUCUAUAAAAUCCUUGAAACAAUCAGGCUUAUCAGGAGUCUUCACCGGACACGCAAACAAGAUGGUGGUCCUGCCCACUGAGGAGGCCAAUCUGUCUGACAUCGACUACCUGGUGCCCACACAUGACGAGAGAGGCCGUCCCAUUGCUGAGUGGAAGAGGCAGGUGAUGGUGAGACAGCUGCAGGCCAGACUGCUGGAUGAGGAGAAUCAGAGGAGGAAGGAAAAUGGGGACAGAUAUGCCAAAGUCACCUGGAGGUACUCCCAAGCCCACAAUGCCAUCCUGGGGCCCUCUGGUGAGCUGCUGGCCGAGGAUGACCUCAUCUAUCUGGAGCAGCAGAUUGCCAACGUCUCCAUGCAGAGGAACUGUGAAGGCUACGAGCUGGAGCUUGCUCGUCUGGCUGAGGAGCUCCGGCACAUCCUGCCAGCGCCCAUAGUGAACAUCACGGUCAACACGCAGUUCAGAAACUUCACAAGUCACGUUCCUCUGCCUGUUUGGUGUGGCCGUAUCUCUGGCAUCGUAAAGAGCAUGUCUCUGCUGAUGACCAACCUGACGGACCAGCCCUACUGUAAGAUGCCCAACACAGACCUGAUCACUGUGUUCUCUCAGACACCAGAAAGACAGAACUCCAUCAGAGGACGCAGGGAAAGGAUAGAGGAUGAAAUCCAGCAGUUUGGAGUGUCUGUUAGGACUCUGAAGUCUAAUUUUGAGACACAGAGCUUACCUUUGUCACAUGAGCUAAAGGAGGCUGUUGUUUUAAGUCCUUCCCCACAACUGGAGGCCAUCGAGUCGGAGGAACAGCCCGAAGUCUUGAGUCCUGCCCAAGAAACAGAUCAGAACAGUGACUCCGGCAUUGACAACGAUGAGAAUGUGACAGACGUUCAAGAGACCACCAGCCUCAGAAAGGAGCGGAUCGUUGUUCUGUUCUUAGGCCACUGGAAGAAGUCUGCCUACACUGUGGCACUGAAGAGUAAGGAUGCAGCAGAGAGGAAGAUGAGCGGUGGGGACUCAGGGACGGGCAUCAAAUGUGGGUCUGUUAGCAGUGUCAGCGAGGAGAGCGCUCAGUCAAAGAUGUUGAACAGCUCUCUGGGUCAUUUCUUCAAGCAGAGGAGUGCUGUCAACAAGAUGCUGGGGAACUGGAGGAGCAUGAUCUCCAGUGUCCCGUCAAGACAGAUUCGCAGACUCCACAGGCAGCAAGCCCUCUACUCCCCGGAGCAGUUCCUUCCUCGUCUGGACGGCGUGCCCGUGGAGUACGACAACCUGACCCUUGACCUCUUCAUGCUGGGCUACUUUCACAUCCUGGAGCUGGAGCUGCCCGUAGACGAACGCAAAAUGAGGCACCUGCUGUGUUUCGAGGUGUUCGACCACAUUGGGAGCUUCCCCUGGGAGAUGGUCAGGGACUUCCACAAGGCCGUCAUGCAGGACAUCGAGGACGGGAACCGUGAGUGGAAGGACGGCUUUGAGGACAUUAAAGUCAAGUUCUUUGGAAACACUGUGAGUCAAUCUGAAAGCAGUGCAGAAGUAGUGAAACACAUCCUCCCAGAGAUUAGACAGGUCCCUAAAGUCAUCGUGCAGACACCCACACCCGAUGAGGGGAUGCUCCACAGUGGAACCGACAUUUCCAGUUUUAGCAACGAGGAAAUCUGUAAAUACAUCGACCGCAGUUUUGCUUUCUGGAAAGAGAAGGAGGCUGAGAUUUUUGAUUUUGAGUAGUUGAUUGUGUCAUCUUUUUUAAACUUUUGUAUUGUUUGUAGUUUGGUGGCAUAAAUGGGUGCUGGGUAUCAACCCAAAACUCCAAAUGCUGUUUGAAUUUUGAAUUGAAUUCUUGUGUUUUUAAAACUAUCAAGUACCAAAAACUAGCACAAAAUGCUGGGCCAGAUAGAAGCCUUGUUUACUGAAUUUAUUAGAAAGACAUUGUCUCAUUUGAAUUAUGAAUUUAUUAAUUUUAUACUAUGUCAUGGUGUUAAACUGCGAUCAGAAGUUUGGACUCCACAGUAAUGUUGAAAAUAUGUUGUGGAGCACAUUUAUCACAUUAUAAGAUUUUUACUGCUAGUAUCAAACUCAGGUAUCAAAUUCACCAAAACUCCACUAAAAGUCGAACCAUCCCCAACACCAUCACAGAGACCAGGGUUCACACUGCCCCUGAUGUCUUGUGAGGGUUCACUUGUUUACACAGAGAUUAGGAUUUUUCAAAUUUAAUAAGACAGACUGUAAUUGAAAAUGUUCCCUUCACAGAUUUGUUAGGAACACAGCGUUCUGGCAUUUCUGCAGAACAAAUCAUCACACAGAUACUGUGUCAUCUCCCUGUCUGUGUACCUGACCACUUUUAUUCUGAAAGUCUUGUUUUACAAUACAUCUUGUUGUUGUUUCUCACCUUUUUACAGCCUUUGUAUAUCAAUUUUCAAAUUAAAGAAUGUUAUAGGCAAACA